UUCCUAUAGAUCUUGGUGAAAAACUCCAUUGAGAUUCGAGAUCUUCGCACCCACUUUACCUAAGAAAUACCCUUCGGUUGUUAAUGUACAUACGGCAAAUAAUGGAAAAAGGAUCAUCUCAGAAUUGGAGAGAUGUUUUGUUCCAAGCCACAGGUGAAAGCAGAUUGGACGGUACUGCACUUCGUGAAUACUUCAGGCCAUUAGAGGACUGGCUGAGAGACGAGAAUUUGAGAACAGGAGAGUUCGUGGGUUGGCUCUACGACGGCGAUUAUUGUAAGCAAAGCAUCGAGACCGCAGGCUUACAGGUGUAUGGAGGAUUCUACAAUGCUGCCGUGGCUCCAACGUCGAAUUCGAUAGUGAACACCUUGUUAAUAACAGCUUUUAUCUUAUACAGUAAAAGAUUCUUUCAAUGACAAUUCUUGAAAGUCUACGAUAUAUGUAGAAUAAAUAACGAUCUUUGAUAUGUGAACUUACACGAGAGGAAAAGCGUUAUAGAAGUACCAGCACUUUAACAUGACAUAAUUGUGUACAUGCUAUUUUUUGUAUCACUGAGAAAGCCGCUUAUUUAAAUUUUGCUUAGAUGAAAUAAUGUUUAAAGUUCAUUCUUACACUGUAGAUAAUACUUUAUGUGAAUAUUUUGGUGCACCUAAAGCAAUAAUUUCAUUUUAUGUACUCGUAAACUGCCAUUUUUGAAUAGUUAAUCGAAUACACGAACAUUUAUUUCUAAAAUUAGCAGAGAUAUCUAAAAGAUCUUAUAAAUGAAGACUUAUAGGACUAGUAUGCUGCCAUUUUCAAUAUUUAAUCGAAACAUUCAAUAUGAACAUCUAUAUAAUUACAUAUCUAAAAUUGUUAGACUUGGAUUGCUCUCAAAUAUGCUGUCAUAGGACCAUACAUGUUUCUUUCCAGUGUCAUCUUUAAGUUUUUGUACCACGCCCAGUUUAAAGUAAGCCAGUAUUCUAUAUUAGAGGAGCGGAAGCGGUUCGUUUAAAUAUAGGAUUAUUGUACGUACAUGAGAGGUUAAUCCCAAAAGUUGGAUUUCCUAUUUUUUCAACUAACAAAAAGCGAUUAUAUCCAUUAAUUUGUACAUUAUUAUAAAGCCGAUGAUUAUGUAAGAAAUAGACCGAUGUUUAAGCUUUAUGAUGAUGUAUUAGUUAUUGGACAUAGUUUUAAAAGAAUAGGAUACCUUACUUUUGUCAAUAUCCUCGUAUAGAGUGAACAGAUAGUAUUUUGAUAUGGUUGUAUCUUAUAUUAGGCUCAAAUUAAUAUAAAGAAUUAUCGCUGAAAGUGUGAUAUAGUAUUUUUAUAAGAUCUUAUUAAUAUAUUUUUAUGAAUGAAAUAUA